GAUGCGGAAGAGGGAGUUUCAGCUGAUCUCAGAAAGUGAUUCAGAACGAAAACACUGUUAUUUGCUGAUAAAACUAUUCCUCUUAAUUCCCUGUCUAGUUCAGCAUCUGACAACUUCAUACCAUGGCAUCCGAUGGUAGUCUCUCAAUGUGCAAGUGUGACCCGGACGUGUUAAAGAAAUGUGAAAAAUUCAGAUUUCGAAAACAAAAAACUAAUGCUGCUAUUGUGUUAAAAAUCGAUCAGAAGGCAAUGACUAUUGUACUUGAUGAAGAGUAUGAGGACUGUACAGUGGAGGAGGUACAGGAAGAUUUGCCACAGCAGAGACCCUCCUACGUCCUGUUCAGCUAUGUACUCAAACAUGACGACGGACGAGUUUCCUACCCUUUGGCCUUCAUCUUCGUCAGUCCUGCAGGGUGUAAACCAGAACAGCAAAUGAUGUAUGCCGGCAGUAAGACACAACUGGUGACUGACUUGAAGGCCACAAAGGUUUUUGAAUUGCGGAGUUCAGAUGAAUUCACUGAAGAAUGGUUGAUAGAACAGCUCAAGCGUUAGAGGGUUUGUUGUACAGUGUCGAGGUCAUUAUUUUGAACAUCUCAGCAUUUCACAAACAUGUACAUGCAUCUUCUUCCUAAAUGGAGAUUAUUGUUUCUCUGGUAGGCUGACAUUGUUGAAUUUGUCAAAGUUUUGCAUGUGCCAUGGACAAGACAGAACUUCAAUGUAAUUUUUGGUGUUAAGUUUGAAUUUUUCUAUGAAAACAUAUGAAAGCAGAUUCAAGAAUUUCAAAACAGAGUGUUUUCUUAUUUCAGAUUAUGUGGCACGUACAAAAAGUUGAGGAAUGGCAAUAGUUGAGAGCUGAACAGUUCCAUCUAUCAUUGUACAUAAAUCUAAACUUUGUAUCCUGUCUGAUACAUACAGUAUAUUUGUAAAUUAUGGUAAAUACAACUUAGCUAUAAUCAAACUCCUCUAGCCUUGAAGUGAGGUAUUAUGUAUUGGGGGAACAUGUGUACAUUUAUCAUGUAUUUAUAUGCAAAUUAAAUGUUCCAUUUCAGACUUAUUGUAAAAUGUGUACAUUCCUGUUAUAUAUACAUAUGUCUUACCUUCCAGUCAUGACGCUGUACAUUUAUGAAACACGGUUUGUCAGCUGUGUUGUAUACAGUCAGGGUUCUCCUUGUGUGCACUCUCAUGGUCUACAUUUUUAGCAAAAACCUGAAAUAUUACCCUAAUUCCUCAAUAUUUUCACAUAUGAUAAAGCAACUUUCAGUGCAGUUUAUGCACAUUUUUAAGUUGAUUUUGGAACCAAAACUACAUUGGUAGGAUUGGUUGUUUAAUAAAAAGUGUAAUUUUAUCAGUCUGCACAGAAUGCCUUCAGAAUAUGCUCGAAUAAACACCUUGCAAACGUGAAAGAGUGGAAGAAUGUUAAGUUUGCAUGAAGCGAGAAAAACAAAAGCGAAAACAGAGCUUAUAUUUAUGGUAUGCUUGGAAGUGCAUGUGCUACAAGUACGAGAAGACUAUUUCAGUCAGAACACAAUUUACAAAUGUACCAGUACUAUUUAUUUCGCCAACAUUUGAAUGAGAACAGAAACAUUUACUUGUUAUUUUUUUAAGAAAAGUUUGUACCUUGUUUGUGUAUACUGUUGUUGAAGCUAGUCUUUUGUACUGGUACAUGUACUUCAUAAGGACUUUUUUGUUCUUGGAUUUUCCUCGUAACAAAGUACAUUGAUAUACGAAAGUUCAAACUUCUACUUUACCAGUACCUACUACAUUCACAUACUGACCAUGCUGACUGUAACGUAUUUGACUGAAUACUUGUCAUUUAGUAUUGUUACUUAGCCGAAUACAUGUUUUCAUAAGCAUUUUUGUUGUUUUUCACAUGCAAAAGCUGCAUAUGGCUUGCUGAGAUUUAUUUGCGCACUGCCUUCCUGUCCAUAUAAAUGUAUGUAAUUCAUAUGGACAUUAUACCUCUGUAUAUCUACACAUUUAAGCCUUUUGUAACUGGAACAAUGUAUAAAUUCUAAUGGAAACCCAAGUGUUGGGCUCAGUCCUGUUGUUGGACAGGGAGGUUGUGGAUUCCCCUGCUUUCAUCAUGGGACAGGGAGCAGUUGAUGAUACUCACGUGGACGUUUAAAUUAGCCUGUUGAAAACCACUUUGUCUUCCACCAGUAUGCUAUGCAUAUGUGUACAAGGAAAUCAUAUGUGAGCAAGUUUAUCAGUAAUUUGCCAUUGGUCAGUGGUUUGCCCUGAGCAUUCGGGUUUCCUCUGCCAGUAAAGUUGACUACCAUUGUUAAAGUCAAAAUUCUUCAGUGUAACGUGAAACAAUUGAAAAAUAAAUAAACAAAUAUAAAUUGUAUGUUACAUUCUUAGAUCUUACAUGAGUAGUACAUUUUAGUAUACGUAUUACAGUUCGACAAUUCCAGCAAUAUGACACACCUAUUGAUGUGUGAGAUUCAGAGUUCUUAAUUGUUGUCAUACUAUGGUAAACAUUACUGGUUAGUUAUGAUUCUGUGACCUAAAGGACGUGUUUGGCAAGAGUUGGAAUCACUGAAUUACAAGAAUGGAAUGGAUUAGAGGAAGGGAAUGUUUCUCCAGCGGGGAAUCAAUGAUAUUCAUGCAAAUCACUGUUCUUCUUACCCCGGUGGAAAUAAGGGGUCUACAGCCCUUGUCAAGCGGCCAUUGAUGUUGUCUAACAUAAAGUUUUCUGAGAUCACUAACCUUCCAACAGACAUGCAUCUGUAUGUGACUCGUGGGGAAGUUUGUCAUUGACAAUCUCUGUAUGUAGGCUACAAAUCCAAGAGUUGGGGGGGUUUUAUACUGAGCGCUUCUGUUUGAAAUUGAUGACUGCGGUAACUAACAGUCAAAUACGUAUUUCCAUCAGCCUAUAGAUGACUUGGGUACAGUGAUGAUAUCUUUAGCAGUAUUAAUACAUCCAUUUAAAUUGCCAUUAAAUGUCUAGUGAAUUGUGCUGCCUGCUGGGCAGUGUUUUUCUUCUAGUUGAAUGCAUGACAACUAAUCAGUCUAUUUAAUAUAAUAGUACUGUCAUACCACUAUUGAUUGACAUUUUUAACUUCAACAUUGUAAUUCUAGUGUUGACGAUUUGUGUCAAGUAAUAUUGUACGUGUGUAUGAGAACAUUUUGGUAUAGAGUUUUGUGUCGGAGUCUGUUUGACAAUGAGGACACCAUAACAGUAAAGUGUUAUAUUCACCUGUUAAAUGCAAAUGUUAAUGUGUUUUAUAUGUUUUCUGGGCUGAACAGGGCAUUGUUGUCAUGUAACGAAGCUACCAUAUAUAUAAAGUAUACUUGAACAUGGGAUGAUAUGAAACCAAUGCAGGCAAG